GUAUACUUAAAUAUCUACCUAAGCUUUUUACAAAGCUUAGAGAGACAAUAUGACCAUAAAUUUCUAAGACUUCACAGCUUUGCACUACAAAACACUAUAAAAAGUCGAUUAGUGUCAUGUUAUCUGGGAAAGGGUAGGGGAAGGGCGGGAACACGGUGGGCGUACGCGCAGGUACAUAAACUCCUAAGCCGGACCUCAUCGACUCAUUACUAGUUACGUACUCCUAGAGUAGAGCGUACUCCUAGAGUAGAGAGUUUUUUAAAUUUACAUUUUAUUAUUUUUCUGCCAAAAUGGCAGACAGAGAGGUGUGUGCUUAGUUAAAAUGUGAUAUCCUUAUCGAAUCUUCAGUAAGUGUAAAGUGAAGUUUAUAACGUUAAAAAUCUUAUAAAUUUCAGAACAACUAUCAGCCACCGAAACGCGGUCGCCCACCAGGCAGGAAUCGCCAAGCAUUUAAUAAGGAGCAGAAACGCGCGCGCAAUGCAGAGCUUGAGCGGGUGCGGCGCGGCGGUAUCGCGACAGCCACGACCGAUCUCUCCAGCGAAAUGCAGAUGAAGGAAAAAGUAAAGCUUGCACAUCUAUUGGCGGCAACUCUCACGCAUUUCAUUCGUGAACAGGAAAAAGAACCCGUUAGUGAAAUACAAGCCACGAACGAUGCCUUGGAAGCAGAAAUCAAAGAAUUAGAACGGCAGCGGGCAAUUUUACUGGCCGCUACCGAAGAGGAGGAGUGCGAGGGAGAGGAGCCGUCGCAUAGCGCGGAAAUUCUAAACCUAGAAGCGGCAACAAGCUCGCAGUUUGCUAUAAGAGAUAGUUUCUCCUGUGAGGAGAAUCUGCUGGAGCAGGAAGCCUCAACAAGCUUGCAGCCUGCUAAACGUGCGAGGUUUUCCUCUGAGGAGAAUCUGCUGGAGCAGGAAGCCACAACAAGCUUGCAGCCUGCUAAACGUGCGAGGCUAUCCUCUGACGAGAAUCUGCUGGACCAGGAAGCCACAACAAGCUUGCAGUCUGCUAAACGUGCGAGGCUUUCCUCAGAGCAGCAGUCUGCGUCGGAAGAGGAGCUAUUGUUAGUUCUCUCGCCAAUAGCUCAGUCGUCGCCCGAGACCGAACCCGAGGCCAGCCCGCCAUACCAGCCACCUGCCGCUGGCACUGGAGAAAUGGAUUCUUUACUGUCGCCAGAACAGCUGAGGCAGUUAGAAGCACUCCUAGAUAUGGUACCUGAUGACGAGAUUCCGUCGUGGCCCCAAGAUUGCCUCAACUUCCUUCUGCAGCCGUGA